UGAAGGUCGAAGGUAGCCGAGACGAAGAAGCGGUGAUGCUCUUCAUCCACGCUCCUCGUCGCCAUCUAUACCUACACGCAUAAUGGUGCGCAUCACGACAUGGAAUGUCAACGGCAUCCGCAACCCGUUUGGCUACAAGCCAUGGAGCACGAGCCGGACGUUCAAUACCAUGUUCGACAUACUGGAGGCAGAUAUUGUCAUCAUGCAGGAGCUCAAGAUCCAGCGCAAGGACCUGACGGAUGACAUGGUUCUUGUUCCCGGCUGGGACUGCUACUUCAGCUUGCCCAAACACAAAAAGGGAUAUUCAGGUGUGGGCAUCUAUACCCGUCAGUCCGUUUGUGCACCCAUCCGCGCCGAAGAAGGUCUCCUCGGCGUUUUAUGCCCUCCCAACUCGUCAACGCCCUAUCGCGAGCUCCCUGUGUCAUCCAGUAUCGGCGGCUACCCUACCCCCACCCAGGUUGCUGACCUAGAUGUCGACCCGGCUGCCCUCGAUGCAGAAGGGCGCUGUCUCGUCCUCGAGUUCCCGGCCUUCGUCCUCUUUGGCGUGUACAGCCCAGCGAACAGUAAUGGCCUAAGAGAUGACUUUCGACGUGGCUUCUUGCAAUCGCUAGAUACACGGAUCAGAAACUUGACAAAGAUAGGGAAGAACGUUAUCUUGACAGGGGAUCUGAACGUGAGUAGGGACCUGAUUGACACGGCGAAGGCAGAGGACAACAUGCGGUCGGAGGGCAUCACGCACGAUGAGUAUCUAAACAUGCCAAACCGCCGAAUCUUCAAUCAGUUGCUGUUGAACGGCAAAGUACCUGGCGAGCGGGACGACGGUAGGGAAGAGCCGAUAUUGUACGACUUGUGCCGCGAGUUUCAUCCCGAUCGCGAAGGCAUGUUCACACACUGGGAGCAGAAGAUCAAUGCGCGGCCGGGUAACUUUGGCUCACGAAUCGACUUCAUACUGUGCAGUAUUUCCAUCAAGGACGGGUUCAAGGAAGCGAACAUCCAAGAGGGGCUCAUGGGCUCAGAUCAUUGUCCGGUGUAUGCAGUGACCAAAGAUAAAGUGCCAACAUCCUGGCAAUCAGGAGUAGAGACGGAGACGGCUAAGUUGGACGAAGAGAUACAUGUUCUGGACUUGAUGAACCCGCCUGGCAUGUUCGAGGAUGGCGUGCGACAAAGGGAGUACAAUCCAGCUAAAGACAUACCAGCGUUAAGUGGAAAGCUGCUUCCUGAAUUCACGAAGCGGAGGAACAUCAGGGAUAUGUUCAGCAAAAAACCUGCAUUGCCGAAAUCUGCAUCGACAACAUUGUCGAUGCCGAUCGAAACGGGUGUGCAACCGCAAGGGGAAAGUGCUGGUUCUCAGCCUUUGUCCACAAGGGCGACAGACAAAGAACCCAAGAUCUCUUUGACAACCCCAUCGUCAGCCGCCAAUGGGCACACGGCACUAACUACAAGCCCUCUAAACUCACCCGAAAAGCGGCGCGCGCCUGCAUCCGCAUCCCCUAGCAAACCGAUUAAACGCAGCAAGUCUAGUCUUUCAGCCACGACGUCGGCUACACCCAAGGGCCAACAGUCGCUGAAAGGAUUCUUCCAAUCUCGUACUAAAGUUGCAGAUCCCAACCCUAUCGAAGACAAUGCUCCACCACUCUUAUCCUCGUCGACUUCUUCUACAUCAUACGCAACCGGCGUCCCUCCACCUUCUUCAUUGUCUCAAACGCCAAAUUCCUCGGAAGCCUUCGACCCCGACCCUCUUGCCUCACAAGAGGCGUCCAAAGAAAGCUGGACCAAGCUCUUCUCAAAGAAACCCGCGCCCCGAUGCGAACACGGCGAACUGUGUAUCCUGCUCACGGUAAAGAAGCCUGGCGUUAAUUUCAGAAGACAGUUUUGGAUGUGCGCUAGGCCGACUGGACCGAGCGGGCAGAAGGAAGUUGGGACGCAGUGGCGGUGCGGAACUUUCAUAUGGGGGAGCGAGUGGAAGGGCAGCUGAAGCUGUAGAUGGGUUCGGAUAUCAACAUAACUAGAUAAGGGCCACGACUCUUCUCCGCCGUACGACGUGGAUGGAUACAUUACGAAGGACUACGGCGUGGAGUGGGUUCGACGAAAAGAUAUUGACGGUUCGGGAAGAGAGGGAAUGUAUGCGGAGAGAGCACAUCAGGAAGCAUUUUGGACGACAUAUCAUUCUAGCAGCGGCCCAGGAAGUGCAACGAGCUCGAGUGGUAAGAAGCAAGAGCUGAUUAUUAGCAGACUAAGAUGUAUGGUAGCAUAUGAUACCCUGUAGGGCUUCGAACUUGAUAGCUAUGAAAAUCAAGAGUCUUCUAUCAUCACUUUACUUGUCUCUUCUUUCGAGUUCAAAACAGCGCGUUGAAAAUGUAAUCGAAAAGGGUUUCGAUAUGCUCAUU